AAAAGAAAAUUUUUAAUUUCGUUCAUUCAUUUCGUAAGACUUUGAUGAAACGGUGCGCACAAGUACACGCACACACAGUGUCCUGCUUCCACUCCUCCUGAGUGGUUCAGGUAUUUUGUCUUCGCCGUCCUCGGAACUUGGUGUUUCUGUUGUAACGGUGGAGUAGACGAUGACGGGUCGACGUCUACUUGGUAUGCCUGGACCAUGGGCCGAUGAUAAUCGUGAGCCAUCUGAUCAUUAUACAACAAAAAUUGGUGGACUUCCUGACUGGCCUUUUCCUCUAGAGGCAGUACCUCCCAAUCUGCUUAACUGUGGUACCUGUGGAAGAAAGCUGUGUCUUGUUGCACAGGUUUAUGCUCCAAUCUCUAGUGGAAGGUUGAAGAUUGAAGAUCGUCUUGUCAUGGUUUUUGGUUGUGUGAUGGCAGAAUGUGGGAGCACUCCUCUUAGCUGGCGUGCUCUUCGCCUACAGAAACUGGAUGAUGGAAGAGACCCAUCUACAAGUUCUGAAGAUGUGGUUCCUGUGACGACUUCUCCUGCUUCAGUUUCAAAAACCGACUGGCUGGAGGAUUUGGAUUAUGAAAGUGAUGAGGACAUGGAUCUUGAGGCUUUGGGUAAAGCACUUUCUGAAGCUGGAAGUUUGGCUUCUCAUUCCAAGAAAAUGCAUAAGAAUGAGCAAUCUGAGACUGUUGUCAAUUCUUCCCCUUUAAUUCCAAGGAUAAGAACGGUUGACCUGGAGCUACCAGUGGUUCCUUGUUUCUACGUUUAUACUCAGGAAGAACCAUCCUCAAGGGAUGUUUCUUCAAUGUGCUUGAACUAUUCCACUCUUUCCAUUAAGGAGAAACAAAGAGAUAAUGAUCAUCAAGAACAAGAAGAAGCUUGGGGAGAUGAAGGUUAUGAAUAUGAUAAAGCUUUAACUGCCGACAGGACAUACCUCAAGUUCAAGAAGAAGUUGGAUGCUAACCCGGAGCAAUGCUUCAGGUAUUUGUAUGGUGGGAAGCCUCUUCUAGCAACACCGGAUUUGGGAGACCCUGGGUCAUGUGAGCUUUGUGGUGGUUCAAGGCAUUACGAGAUGCAGCUGAUGCCCCCAUUAAUAUUUUUUCUACACGAUGCUGCUGAUGAUUGCCAAAAACCUGCACUAGAGAAUUGGAACUGGAUGACACUCAUAGUUUUUACUUGCUCCAAGAGUUGUUCCAACCCAUCUUAUCAAGAAAAAUCCAAUACUGGUGGCUGGAUUGUGGCAGAGGAGGCUGUUGUUGUACAACUUGAGAAACCGCUAGACGAGUCUGUUCAUCUGGGUUUUUUCUCAUGAUCUGUAACAUUACUUUCCAGAAAGAAAUCAAAGAUUUCUUUUAAGAGCAAA